AAAAAAAAGAAAAAAACGCUAAACCCUCUCACUCUCAGUUGCCAAAACCAAAAACCCUAAACUAAAACCUAACAUUUCUCUUCUGUCUUCUCCAAUGGCCUAUCGAUGUAGAUCUCUUUCACAACCAACAUUCUCUGUCUUCAAAUCGGCAUUCACCAAACCCACUGUUAAGCCCAAAUCGGCACCUUCUUUUCGCACAGUCACGGCCCGCCCUCCUCUCACAACUCCAGGGUCGGUUCCUCAGUUGGGUGCUCUUCAGUCUCUGCUUCCUCUCCACUCAGCGGUCUCUUCGGCCCGGCUCACGUCGUGCCUUGGACUCGAUUCUACGAGCUCCAGGUCGUUGUCUCAGGGUAUGCUUUGCAGUGCAAACCCAGGAGUUUGAUUUUCUCCACUGUUUUAUAUGUAGUAUCUAACUAGGUCUCAGUGUGCCGCGAUGAGAUUACAGUUAGAAGAUAGUGAUUGAUGGAUCAGAGUCAUGCUGCUCUUCUUGGGUUGUCCUUUUCACUAUCACUAAGAGUUGCUUUUGACAGUUCUGUAUGAUUGGGAUAUGGGUGCAAGAAUUCAAUUCUCUGGCUCAUCUUGUUGCUAGAAUUCCUUAAAAUUUGUCUCAGCAUUGAUUGUCUCAGGCAUCUACCAUUUUGUACUUCUUUUUUUAUUUCAAAACCCUUUUGUACUUCUUUUUGAUAAGUGCAUAUUUUGUACUUCUAUAAGAGUUAAAGGUAACAAAGUCGUGGUUUAUCUACCAUAAACUGAUUUAUAUGUGAUAUAGAUCUUCUAUAUAAGAUAUUUAUCUUCUUAGGCGA